UUUUUAUCCCUUUAAAUAUCUUUUUAGGAAUUGAUUCAUGUAAAUGGUUACUCAGUGAUGGACGAUUUCAAGGCUUUAGUAUUUGGCAACCAUAUGGAUGUAUGAUGCAUUCUUACACAUCUGGGGAUUCUCAGAUGUGUCUUCAGUACAUAGCUUAUUGGGGUGGUAAAACACAUAUUGUUUUCAUUGGUGACUCUCGUAUUAGACAGUUAUUCUAUGGCUUUGUAUCUUUAAUAAACCCAAAGUAUGAGGUAGGAGAUCGUUUUGUUCAUCAUGAUUUACAUUUUGGAAAUGAAGAACUAAAAGUUAAUGUUGAUUUCAUAUGGGCACCUAUGGUUAACCAAUCUAUGUUUGACAUAUAUAAGUCUUGGCUGCAGGAUGCCAGUAUAAGGCCAUCACUUAUUGUAACUGGCAGUGGAGUAUGGGCUAUAAAAAUAAGUAAUGCUAGUAUGGAAAUGUUUGAAAGUUACCAAAGGAAUUUAACUGAACUGAUGCCUGUUCUAAACAGCUUAACACCAAGCACAAAAGUAUUAUGGGUUUUGCAGGAUCCAGUUUUAACCGAAAAAUUACAUCCUUCAAGAAGAAUGAUCACCAAUGAACAAAUUGAUUUGUAUAACAAAGCUGCCAUGGAUAUUUUUCAUCAUAGUAAAGUUUUAAUAUGGAGUUCCUCUCGAUUGGUUUGUCAGGGAUUGUAUCAAGAUCAAGAAGAUGGUUUACACAUGGGCAAAAAUGCCCUUAAUUAUGCAGUUCAAAUACUUUUGAACAUGUAUUGCAAUGACCACAUGAAUUACAAUGAUGGGACAUGCUGCAGUAGUCCAGAGCCAGUAACUGUCUUGCAGCUGGUUGUAUUUUCCAUUCUAGGAGUGAGUUGCUGCAUAGCUUUAGCAAUGGGAAUUCAUUGGAAAUGGAUUAAUAGGAAAACGUGUAAUGCAAUCAUAUUGAAUUCAGAUGAUGGGAAAAAAGAAACAUCAUUUUAUGAAUUAUGCACAUCCCUUGCUCGCCUUGGUAUUGUAAUGGCUUAUUUUUUUCUAUGUGACAGGACUAAUUUUUUCAUGAAAGAAAACAAGUACUUUACGUAUACAACUUUUUUCCUGCCUUUAGGAUACCUUUUUGCUCUUGGGUUAUUUUUUACUGAGGAAAGUCAGUUUACUCAGAUUCUUCACAGAGAUCAAACUAAUGAGUGGAAAGGCUGGAUGCAAUUGGUAAUAUUAAUUUAUCAUAUGACUGGAGCAAGUCGUAUCUUACCAAUAUACAUGCAUGUGCGUGUUCUUGUAACAUCAUACCUUUUCUUAAGUGGAUAUGGACAUUUUACAUAUUUCUAUCAAUAUGGUGAUUUUGGAUUUUUCCGAUUGUGGCAAGUUAUUUUUCGUCUUAAUUUUCUGGUGGUUGUUCUAUGCCUUUGUAUGAACCGUCCAUAUCAAUUCUAUUAUUUUGUGCCUUUGGUGUCCUUCUGGUUUAUUGUGAUGUUCUUAACUUUGAAGUCAGUACCUCAAGUUACAGCUCCAUUAGCAGAAGCCAAUCCACUGCAGAAUUUCUAUAUGGUUCUGAAGUUUGUUGCUCUGUUUGGAAUAGUUACUGUUUUAUAUAUGUCUGAGGUUUUCUUUGAAAAGAUUUUUGUUACACGUCCAUGGAAAGCAUUAUUUGUUACUACUGAUGAUUCUAUCAAAGAAUGGUGGUUUAGGUGGAAGAUUGAUCGCUAUAGUGUAACAUUUGGAAUGUUGUUUGCUUUUGGUCUGCAUCUUCUUAAGCAGUAUCACAUUUUAGAUGACAAAAAUAGAGGGAAUUUAUUUUCCAGGGGCAUUUCUUUAACAGUAGCUUUUGCUGCAUUUGUAGGACUAGGGGGCUAUGCAAUAUUUGCAUUUCUGUGCCGAAAUAAACUUGAAUGCAAUGAAAUUCAUCCAUACAUUUCAUUUGUUCCAAUACUUUCAUAUCUCAUCCUAAGGAAUAUAAGUGGCUACUUGCGAACAAAGUACAGCAUGUUCUUUGCAUGGUUUGGCAACAUCUCAUUAGAACUUUUUAUUGCUCAGUAUCACAUAUGGCUUGCUGCUGACACACAUGGAGUUUUGGUAUUAGUUCCUGGUUACCCUGUUCUUAAUGCAUUAGUGACAUCUUUCAUUUUCAUUUGUGUUGCCCAUGAAAUUCAUGUUUUAACUGAUAUCCUUGUUAAAUAUGCUGUACCUGCCGACUGGAAAUAUCUUGUCCGUAAUGUUACAAUAUUUUUUUUAUUUCUUGUGCCUAUUGGAAUACAUGAUGGGAUGUUUUGAAAGAUUAAGAACAAAACAUUAUUUUUCUUUCAAGUUUUAAUUAAUAUGAAUUUUAGUUACAGAUUUAGAAAAAGGAAAGGACACUUUGUGAUUGAAUUUUUGAAAACUUAAAAUAUUUAGUCAAAAAAUUAUGUAUCUGUUUCCAACAGAAUUUUAAGCCAAAUGUGUAUUGCUUUAUUAUGAAAGUUGUUAGAAAUGUAUGUUACAUUCUGCUGAAUCAUAUUAGUUCAGCUCAAGUGAUAUUCAAGGAUUUUUAUUUUUAGAUAAAAAUAAGAUCUUAUUUGUUUUACCUGAGUGUAAAUGUGCAUUCAUCAUGAAUAGUCCUUUUCCAUGUAUAUUUAAAAGUCAUAUUUCUUUUGCAAUAAAAUAAUUUAAAGUAGAAGUGAGUUCUGUAUAUAGAUAUAUUUAAAAGCUUGUAUAUAUAAUAUUUAAAAUGUUGUACAUAAAAGUUGAAGUCAUGCUGUAUUUUCAAAGCAUACAUUAUUUGUGAUUCUUUUUUUCAUCUAAUGUAUUUUAUACUUAAUUUUUAUACUGUAACUGCUCUGGUAGCAGCCAGAAAUAAAAAUUUUAGAGUUGUA